AUGCCCCCGCCGCUGGAGCUGGAGCUGCACGUGCUGCUGGACGCGCCGUCCGGGGUCCAUCUACCGGGCUCGGAGCUCAGCGGCCGGGUGGUGGUCGCCACGCCGCAGCCGCUCGCUGUCGCCUCCGUCGAGGUGCGCUGCCGCGGAGAGGUCGUGGUGGCGUUCGAGGACUCGCAGCGGGCGGUGCGGACCUGGGUCAGGGGCGCUCGUCUGGCGGACCGCUCCUCCAGACGCUCAAGCCCCUCUCUGGGCUCGGAGCGGUCGGCCGGCCGCGGCCCGGCCCGCCUGGAGGCGGCUGAGAUGCUGCUCGACCAGCAACGCUGCCUCCUCGGCGACCCCAGCCCGCUGCCGCCGGCCUUCUCCGGACGUCACGGCUUCGUGCGCUACACGGUGUCGGCGGUGUUGCGACGCCAGCAGCCGCUGCCUCAGCUUAGUCGGGUCGCCGCCUUCUCCGUGGUGCCAGAGCUCGACGUCAACCUCGCCAGUGACGUACUGAGGCCUCGCCGCAGCCACAGCAGCCGCCACCUGUGUGGCUUCUGCUGUCGGACCGGGCCGCUGACCGUCUCGGUCGAGGUGAGCCGCCGCGGCUUCGCCCCCGGCCAGGUGAUCCCGGUCAGCGCCGAGGCGAUGAACAUCAGCGGCAGGACGAUGGCCUCCACCUCCCUCAGUCUGCUGCAGCUGGUGACGUACAGCAGCUCGGGCUCGUCCUCUAGCCGUCUGCUGGACCGCCGUCUGGUCAGCAGGGACGAGCGCGGGCCUCUGCCGCCCGGAGAGGCCGAGACUUUUGCACGGCUCCAGUUCCUGGUGCCGCCCCUGCCGCCCACCUUUGCCUGCCGCCUCCUGGACGUCCGCUACGCCGUCGAGCGGAAUUCAACGUACACCCAUGCAUCUGGGGACCCUCGCAAUAUGGAGCAAGACGGCAGCCGCCAGCAGACACUGGCCAACCGGAUCCAGCCGAUCUGCGACAAGGACGAGUGGCUGCCGUUCUACCCGGUGUUCCGCGAGCCCGGCCCGGUCCAGCCGCGGCGGCCGUCGGCACGGUUCGCCGAGCUGCCGCACGUGACCGGCUAG